UUGAAAUUUUGAUAGCCUCAGAUUGGCAAGCAAAAUACUUUGACAUUAAUUUAGUUUAUAGUUAAAAUUAUCAGUGAAACGACUUACAAAAUAGUACAAAAAUUAAUUUAAGUGCAAAAAAAUGGAAACUGGCGUAACCUUAAACAACGAACUUGAGAAACUGAUUUCGGAGGCAUUUUGUAUAUUUGAUAUGCAUGGCGAUAAAUUUAUGGAUACACGAAAUGUUGGUAAUGUUUUACGUUUUCUCGGAUGUGUACCCACUGAAGAGGAAAUUGAGGAGAUUAUUCAGGCAACUGAAUCCACAGAACAUGUAGGCGAAACAUAUUUACCCAAAUUUAUGGCACAUGUAUCCCAAUUGCUAAUGGAAAAAAAAAUGCAACCAGCUUCGCCAAAGAAAAUUUUGGACGCAUUUAAAGUAUUAGAUCCCGAAAAUCAUAAAUACUUAGCAAAGCCAUAUUUUGAGAAAUUAAUGAGGGAAGAAGGCGAACCUUUUAGUGAAGAAGAAUUACAGGAGAUGUGGCCAGUGGCUAUCGACCCAAUUACCGGAAAUAUACCUUAUUACUUUUAUAUUAAUCAACUGAAGCACAAGUCGCCAAUAUACGAAAUAGCCGAAGUAGUCAAGGAGGAAAUUGCCCUCACUGAAAAGGAGCGCAAAAAGGAUCGCCAAUUAGCCAAUCAGUAAAUCUUCUAGUCAUAGCAAAAUUAUCAAGUUUGUGAAGUGUGUGCAGUUUUUCAGCAUUAGUUAUUGGUUUGAAAAAUUUCAGAAAAAUAUUAAUUACGUCAUCCAUGUAAAAUUUUCUACUUCUAAAUUCAAUAGUAGUGCAGUUUUUUCUUAGCUGCUACUAUCAUAUGUAGAUUUUGAAAAUAGUAAAAAAUGUAAAUUAAAAGUCAAAUGUAAAAACAGA